AUGUCAUCCAAUAUUCUUGCUCCGUUUCAGCUACUGGAACUCAAUAUCAUUUCUGCACAAGACUUGAGCCCCGUCUCACGCUCCAUGCGAGCCUACGCCGUCGCCUGGGUUCACCCCGACCGCAAACUGUCCACACGUGUGGACGCGCAUGGGCGCAACAACCCUACAUGGAACGACAAAUUUGUUUUUCGGGUUGACGAGGCGUUUCUUCGAAACGAUACGUCGGCUGUGAUGAUUGAAAUCUUUGCUCUACAUUGGUUCCGCGACAUUCACGUAGGGACCGUCCGUGUUUUAGUUGGGAAUCUAAUCCGUCCGCCGCAAAGAUCGCACCGUCACUCGAAUCACAUGCAGUUGGGAAUGAGAUUCGUGGCCUUGCAAGUUCGCCGUCCGUCGGGGAGACCUCAGGGUAUCUUGAACAUCGGCGUGGCUCUCCUAGAUAGUUCCAUGCGGAGCAUGCCUUUGUACACGCAACUUAGCUCCGCCGUUGGUUACCGCCAUUUGAUGGGCGAGGAGGAUCCGUUUCAGAAUAAUCCGAACGCCAGCACGACUAGUAAUAAUCAAAACUCGUUCUCGUUUCUCCUCGGGAAACCCGAAUUACGUCGGACUAAAAGCGAUUCAAGUUCCAUGCUCGGGUCGGAGUUGCUUAAAAAAUCCAGGGUUCGUAUCGCAAAAGGCGGGUCUACCGUCAGCAGCAUUGAACCGUUCAAGAAAAACAUCCAGGGAAGUACUGUUAAGGGUGAAUACGGGUCGGUUGCUAGCGGGUCGGAUGUUAUUCCAAUUAAGGAUAAAUUUGGAAAAGGAAAUCCAUUAGGUAGCGGUUUGGAAGUUGAGGACCCGUUAAAGAGGGUUAAACUUAAACCUGUAAAACCAGCUGGUUCAGUGAUAAGUGGGUCGGAUUCUUCUGACCCGACCAAGAAGUUUACGGAUUCACCAACAAAACCGAAGAAACAUCCCGGGUCCCCGUAUAAACCGCUUCCUCCUCGUAUUGUUGGAAACGAAUUCGGAGCCCCGAAUAAAUUUAAAACUUUCAAAGGCGCGGCAAUGUUGACCGAAUCCGAAUUAGGCCCGUCGCCAUCGGAAGUGGCGGCGGCCAAGGCCAAGGAGAAGCUGUUACAGAAAACGAACGACGAGGAUAGUUCGGGACUUCCAGGAUGGGAAAUGGACAGCAGCGUUGAAGGACUUCAAUCGAAGUUGGAGCGUUGGAGGGCGGAACUACCACCGUUAUACGACUCGAGCUUUCCCUCCAGCACCACUGGUGUCGGCGGCGGAAAAUCGACUGGAAGACACAGUCGGAGGCACGCUGAUGGAGGCAACAGUCCCGGGUUGUUCUCUUGUUUUAGUAAAAUAUGUGGAUGCGAAUGCUCCAUCGUUUGCGGGCCGGGUCCACCGAAGAAGACAAAGAAGAAAGGUAGUAGUGGGCGGUUGAUUCGGAGCCCGUCUAAUAACAAUACGAGCUCCCUUUAG